GAAAAUACAAAACUAUGAUGAUCUCAUUAGAAUACAGUCGAGAUUUUUUUUCUUCUUAUUAGUCCUGUUUAACAUAAUUUAGUUAACUGAAAGUGGUUUAGAUAUGCAGCAAUCGCCGUUUGAAAAUAUUUUUAAUAUUAUCGGUGGUUUAUCAGAGGGGAAUGAAAAGCCCAUGAAACAUGGGUUCUAUAACGCCUUCGCCCUAUUUAUUCUAACAAUAUGUUGUGCAGCCGUCUAUGUGUUAUUUUUAAUCUUAGAGCCCUUUUUCAAACCGUUAUUUUGGGCUCUACUAGUUGGAUCUCUGUUACACCCUUUCAAAUAUAAGCUGUCCAAGAAAAUCAAAACAUGGUUUGAAGAUCUGGAGAAAUCCAAUUCGUGUGUCGUGUAUGGGUUGAUGAUAAUCCCAGUGGAUGUUAUCAAUUAUGCAUCAGAUACCGUAGGACACCAGUUCAAAGAACAUUAUAAGACUGUGAUAGGAUUGCUUUCUGCAAUAUUUGUGCUACCAUGGCUAUACAAUGCUAUACCAAGGAGUUUCUGCUGUAUCUUUUGGCAAUUUGUAAGUUUCAUCAGUUUCACUACAACCCUACUCAUCAAACUGUGCGGCUCAUACAUAACAAUGACUAUAGCAUUAGCCUACAUGAUAAGUGUAUAUUUUCUGUGGAGUCCAUCAAGAGCUGGAAUAUUCCAGACUACUUCUCAUGUUCUCUGGCUAGUCAUAGCAAGCUUCUUGGCCAGUUUAGCUGGUUCAUUUAAAGUGCACAUGUUUAUACUCCUACAAACCAUUAGUAUUACAGGAUUUGUACUAGAAGUUCUAGACAUACACAAGCAAUUAUUAACCAAAGAUCCUGAAGCAUCAAUGAUCGCAGCUCUUAAAUAUGCUUUAUCAUAUCACCAAGAAGAAAAUCGUAUGCUUGAAAAUAUUGAUGAAAAUCCUGAGGAAACAAUACCAGAAAGCAACGACAAAGACUCAACAACCGAUGUAGAUUCCCCUUCACCUAUCUCACCGGAAGCAAUCGCAAAAAGAGGAAGUUGGACUGGAAAUGAACCUUUCCAAAGUUCUCCACGACAACCUAAAAUGUUGUUCAAGACUAGAACAUUAUCUGCUCUUCCGUUACCAAAUACAAAGAAAUCUGCUUUCGAGAAUCGUCUCUUGGCCUCUUUUAAACAGAGAUCGCUAGAUGAAAACUAUAUUAGAAAUAACUUUAAUGAUGAUGAAACCGCUCUCUACUUCAAACUUCUGUUCUUUGGAUGCUUUUGUAUGCUGAUCUGGAAGUAUAUUUGGUUGCUACCUGUCAUGCUAUUUUUCUUAGCAAUUCAUAUAAUUAAGAAGUCGUUGAAUUUCUUUGGCGUCUGGUUGUUCUGUGAAAAUCAGUACAAUAAUUUAAUGUCUAAAGUCGGUGGCUGGUGGAACGACAGGAAAUCAGCACUAAUGCCUGCUCAAAUCCGUGGCAUAGGAAAGGUGUUGUCUAUAUGCAAUAGUAGUGUCAUAGAAAUGGCAUACGAGUCGGUUGACACUGUAUCUACUUGCAUUGUCAUCAUUGGAUUAAUCCUGUUUCUAGCUGUUACUACAAUUUUUAUUUGUAUACAGAUAUAUUCAGAAGCAAUAGUAGUAGUUCAACUUAGCGGUAGCCUUCUAAAUAGCACUUUUGUUCAGAAUAGUGAACUACACGCGUACUUACCUGAAGGCUGGGAGGAAAAAUUAGAUUCGCUUAUCGAUAAUGCAUACACUUAUGGACGGGAAGGAAUCUCUACUGGGAUAAUGAGAUACAUUAAAAAUAUCCUGAAAGAAGGUGAUCCGGAAAAAAUAGCGCGCGUCGAACAACAAGUAUUAGAAUUAUGGGAUCGUGUGUAUCAGAGCUGGGUUUCUGGAACGUUCGCCGCUCAAAUGGGCCCCCAAGUCGAUGGUUCAGCUGUACAGGAUUCUUGGGAUAGCAUCGUUAAAGACGUUUCUCUUCCUGGUAUCUUCGACUAUAGCGGUAUAAUAGAUUGGGUGAAAGCAAACGUGGGUACUCUCAGCGCUAUAGCGACCGGUAUUUGGGCUCCACUGGCCAGUAACGUAUCACUGUUGGCUGGGUCGCUGGGUGCCUUUACAUCGCUGUUGCUGUGUGGAGGUGGUGCCAUUAUCAACAUGUUCAUUAAUGUGGUGGUAUUUUUCACAACACUAUUUUAUCUACUGGCUUCAAGCAACGCUCUCUAUAAACCCGUGGAAGUCAUAACAAGGAUUCAACCUAACUUCGGUCCUAGACUUGGAAUCGCUCUAUCAGUCGCUAUCAAUCAGGUGUUCAGGGCGUCGUUUAAAAUGGCCUUGUUUUACGGUCUGUGGACGUGGUUGGUCCACAAUUUGUUCGGUGCCAAAGUUGUUUAUCUGCCAUCCGUUUUAGCAGCAGUUUUAGGGGCCGCACCAUUCCUAGGUCCAUAUUUAGCCGGUAUCCCUGCCGCGCUAGACGUAUGGCUACAAGGCAGACCCAUGGCAGCUCUCUUGUUACCGAUAGCUCAAGCGGCGCCCAUCGCCUUCCUUGAUGCUGCGGUCUACGCCGAGAUCAAAGACGGUGGUCACCCUUACGUAACGGGUCUGGCUAUAGCGGGCGGCAUCUUCUACUUGGGACCAGAGGGCGCCAUUUUAGGACCUCUGCUUCUAUGCUGUCUCAUGGUGGUACUAAACUUGUCUUCCACAUUCUUAAGAGAUACUCCGUCUGAAGAAAGAGCGGCCUUACAUUCGCGUGUCAGACUCGGUGCUUAUCUGUGAGAAUGCAUGGUCAACUAACAUUUAACAAGCAAAGGAACUUGAUAGAUUCAAAAGUAAGCAAUAAAUGUUAAUAUGUUUUUUUACUUCAAAUGUGACGCUACUAAUUAAGACGCUCUUCAUAUAAUAUCAUGUUUUAAUAAUCAUAACUAUUCUUUAUUUAUAUUAAUAUUUUAUCAUGAAACAA